AAGAAAAGGAAAAAGAGAAAGAGAGAAGAGAAACCGCACGGAGGGAAGCUGGGCGGCAGCAAACAUCGGGACGGGACGGGAGGCGUGCUUGGCUUUGUGUUGUCCGGAGAUCAGCUGAUGGCCCAGUUGACGGAAUGAAUUCCAAUCAAGAAGUUCUGGUGAAUUCCCAACCGCCCCGAGAUACUUGGUCAGGUUUACCAGAGAACGAAGAAGAAAUGGAGGCUUUGGUUAUGAAUCCCGAGACCCAGGGGUCCAAAUCUUCUGAUAUGACCCAUUGUUAUGGUACAACCAUUUCAAAGGAUGUUCCGAGUGUUGGAAAUGGUCAGCGAACCAACCUUGAAGGCUCGCCUAGCUCGAGCAAUGCACCUUGUCCUGACAUAUGUAGUGAUCAAGAAGUGGACAGAAUGAAGCGUCGUUUGCGAUUCUUUUUUAUGAAUCCUAUUGAGAAGUGGCAAGCCAAGAACAGGUUUCCAUACAAGUUUCUUCUUCAGCUUGUCAAGAUCUUCCUGGUCACAGCUCAACUGUGCAUCUUUGCUCACAGCCGAUACAAGCAUGUGAACUACGCAUGGGACAACAGAGUCACAUUCUCCCACCUGUUCCUCAGAGGUUGGGACACAACAAGAGAAGUUAAUUCUUAUCCCCCAGCUGUGGGUCCUCUUGCCUUGUAUGCCAAAGAAGACUUCUUUCUCACCAUAGACCAUGCAGUAUCUGGAUAUGGGAAUCUCUCCGAUGCCAUCGGUCCGUACUCGUAUGAUACUGAUGACAAUCACAUGGCGUCACCUUUGCUGUGUCUUCAUCAUUACAAGGAAGGAACCAUCUUUGGUUUUAAUGAGAGCUAUGUCUUUAACAGUGAGAUAGAUAAGACAUGUGUCAACCUGACAGUCCCUCACAAUGCCUCGCAAUUCUCAAGCAAAGACUACUUGCGCAGCUUAGGGGUUGAUGUGAACUUCUCUGCUUUAGUACGAGCUUCUCUGGCAUUCGCUGUGAAGACUGUUAAUUUUAAAGCUGCCAGUGCCAUUACGCCUCCUGACUGCUACCGGUUUGAUGUGCAGAUUGAUAUGGACAACAGUGAUCAAGACGGGCAAAUGUUAUUGUCUCUUGAAGCUGAACCCAUGAGGCUUGUGUGCCAAGGUGAUGUUGAAUACAUUACUGAUAACCGCUUGGACUAUAUUUUAGGAAGCAUCCUCAACUCUGUUGUUAUUUUGGUUUGCUGCUGUUCUCUCUUGCUCUGUGGAAGAGCAAUCUAUCGAGCUCAGCAAUUGAAAAAUGAGACCAUUCAUUUCUUCCAGACAGUCUACGGCACAGUGCUUAGCCGUGAAGGCAGAUUGGAGUUCCUGAAUUUGUGGUAUGUUAUGAUCAUUGUGAAUGAUAUUCUCAUCAUUUUUGGAUCAGGAAUCAAAGAGCAAAUAGACAGGAAGCAACUGGCUGGUGAUCAAUGGAAUAUUUGUAGUGUGUUUCUGGGUACAGGAAACUUAUUGGUAUGGUUUGGUGUCCUUCGAUAUUUAGGAUUUUUCAAGACUUACAAUGUGGUCAUUUUAACUCUUCGCAAUGCUGCUCCGAAAGUUGCCAGAUUUUCCCUGUGUGCUCUACUGAUCUACGCAGGCUUCACAUUUUGUGGGUGGCUGGUGCUUGGGCCUUACCAUAUAAAGUUCCGUUCUCUGGCAAGCACAUCAGAAUGCUUGUUUGCUUUAAUUAAUGGUGAUGAUAUGUUUGCCACAUUUUCUAUAAUGCCUUUGAAAUCGCCAAUGCUGUGGUGGUACUGCCGCUUUUAUCUUUACACAUUCAUCAGUUUGUACAUCUAUGUUGUGUUGUCUCUGUUCAUUUCCAUCAUCAUGGAUGCGUAUGAAACAAUUAAGCUCUAUUACAAAGAAGGGUUUCCCAAGAGUGAUGUCCAAGCAUUUAUGGCCUCAUGCACUGAUGAAGCUUCAAGUGGUGUAUUCCGCAGUGGCUCGUUCUCAACUUCAUUUUCAUUGCGUUCUUGGUUUGACAAACUCUGCUGCCGUUUACCUAUUCGGAAGCCCUUUUCAGGUGGAUCUAGUCGAUUCAUGUAAUUGAAUUUUGUAUUGAGCAGCCAAUUGUGAUAUAUUCUACUUCUUAAUCAUGUAUCUCAUCUUUUUAUUAGUUCCUGAUGCCAUUUAGCUCAAAAUUGUCCUUUUCUUGUGAGUUUAAUGAUAUUAGCUUAAAUUUUAGAUAGCAUCAGUAGAAGUUUACAUUUUUAUCGUUAAUUUUUUUAAAUGAUGUGUGAUGUAACAUGCAAUGAUCUCGUAGUGUUUUUAGUUAUAUGUGAAGUGUUACCUUCUUGAAUGUCAUUCAUUCAUAAUAUUGAGCUAAGUGCUUGCUCAAGUAACAAGUUUCCUGUAGCGCAAAUUUAUGUAACUGUAUUUGUUUCCUUAGUGUUGAUCUUGGUGUUCUUUGUACUGUUUUCAAAGCUUUAUGUAAUGUUAAUCUUAAUGAAAGAAAUUUAUGCCUAGUGAUUUAUUUGAUAAGUAUCUUGCUAUUGUGGAUAAUAAACAAGACAUAUUUUUUAAA